UAACAUUGGCUGUUUUCUCCAAGCGAUGGGCUUGAAGUGCUGAAAAUCAUCGCGGGAUUGGCGGCAUGGGUUUAAUGAUUUCAGUGCGGUGGGAGACGGUGACGAGAUGGGCAGCGCCGUUGCUAGGAUCAUUAUAGAUUGCAGUCGGAAGUAGUUGACUUUUAACAAGUCGGGGAGCAGUGGGUUGGCGAGGCGUCGCCUUGUGUGUGUGUGUGUGUGUCUCACGGCGUGGCCAUUUCCACACGGUGCGGUUAGAGAGAUAAACCGGGCUUGGAGUUUCCCCGAUGUGGAUCAACGUCCGCGACCAGCCUCUCGUUGCCCAGAUUUCUUUUGUGUGGAAAGCAGGCGAUGCCCCGGAGAUUCCCCUCUGAGCCGCAAAACCUCCCCGUUCGUUUUGUUCCUCUUAAAAACAAAACCAACUCGCUUUCACCCGAGUGGAUGGACCUUCUGAAGCCAAGGGGAGAGAUCACAACCCUGGUCAUAUCCACACAGAAAUACCCUAGCUCUGCCUUGCGGUAAAUGAAAGGAAGUGAUGGGAAACAGUGUUCAGAAAACACAUGCAGAUGCAUCGCACCAUGCCCGCUCGGGAUCUGCUCGGCAGUAUUACACACUUCCACCUAGCAGCCAUGAACGGAGAGCACAUACAAACAUUACCGAGCCUCCAAGGUUUCACUCACAGGCCAAAGGAAAAAAUGUUCGCCUGGACUCGCAUUUCAGAAAAGCGUCCCGGAAGAACAGUUUCUGCAAUGGUGUAACCUUCAGCCACCGACCAGUCCACCUUUAUGAGAAAGUGAGGUUACGAUUAUCAGUGGUCCUUCAUGGAUGGAGCGGUGCUUUGCGGUUUGGUUUUACAUGUCAUGAUCCCUCUCUGAUGAGCUCCACAGACAUCCCAAAGUAUGCGUGCCCUGACUUGGUAACCAGGCCUGGUUAUUGGGCCAAGGCAUUACCGGAAAGGUUUGCUCUGAAAGACAAUGUCCUUGCCUUCUGGGUGGACAGACACGGACGAGUGUUUUAUACUGUGAAUGAUGAAGAGCCUGUUCUUUUCCAGUGUGGCAUUAAUGUUUCAGGACCACUCUGGGCGCUGAUCGACAUCUAUGGAAUUACACAAGAAGUCCAAAUGCUUGAGAGUAUGUUUGCAGAAACCAUCACUUCAGCACGACUCAGCACAGCACGGCUCAACAGUUGCCUUCCUCAGACUAGUCAUGACAACGCCAACUUCAAUAAUAACGAACUGGAGAACAGUGUUGUGGUGUCAAAAAUAACAAACCUAAAUCUAAGCGAAGUUCCCAGCCUUGCGCCAGACAAUCAUAAUUUACCUUGUUGUACCAACAGACGGCUUAGAUCGCGAGGCCUGCCAUCUUUUCUCGACACUGACCUUCACUUUCACUACAUACGAGGGCCUGAUGUUACCCUUUCUCAGGAUAGGAUGGGAGUGUGUACGAACUGGCAGGAGAGCACUAGGACCCUGGUGUUCUCGGAUCGCCCUUUGCAUACUGGGGAAACCCUGUAUGUGGAGGUGGGGCAGUUAGGGUUACCAUAUUAUGGCGCCCUUCUCUUUGGCGUAACGUCUUGCGACCCCAGCACGCUGCGAACAAACGAGCUCCCAGCGGAUCCAGAUUUCCUACUUGACCGUAAGGAAUAUUGGGUAGUGUGCAGAGGUUUCUCAGUGCCCAACAGCAGUGAUAUUUUCAGUUUCACUAUUCUGCCAAAUGGAGAGCUGCAUCAUCGUGUUAAUGGAAUAAACAUAGGGAUGCUGGUUUAUGUGGACACCACACAGUCACUCUGGGUAUUCUUCAGCUUACAUGGAGUGGUCAACCAGCUGAGGAUACUGGGUACAUCCCAGUCGACCCCUGUGGAUGUAUCUCCUUCAGGUUCUCCGGGUGGAUCCCACUAUGACAGUGACUCUGACAUGGCAUUCAGUGUUAAUCGGUCUUCAUCUGCAUCUGAAUCAUCUCUGGUGACUGCGCCCAGCUCCCCACUGAGCCCUCAGUUGUCACCGUCCUUCUCCCCGCCCGAUCCACCGGACAGCAAAAAUGGCGAGUGUGCUGUUUGCUUUGACAGUGAGGUCGAUACGGUUAUUUACACCUGUGGACAUAUGUGUCUCUGCUACGAAUGUGGUCUUAAGCUGAAGAAGCAAAUCAAUGCCUGCUGCCCUAUCUGCAGGAGAGUCAUAAAGGAUGUCAUUAAAAUAUACCGUCCAUGAAACUUGGCCUUUUUCAUAAUCCACACUAUAAUUUUUUUUUAAAUAUAGAGUUUUUAUAGAUAAGAAAGCUUCUAUUGCUAACUGUUAUCUCAUCUAUAUGCGUUCACAAAGUGUGGCUGUGUUUAUUUGACUGAUUUUCUCACACUCUCUCUUUCUCUCUCUUCGUACUCUUCUUCCUCUCUCCUCCCGCUAUCCCUGUUGUCAAUCACCUGCAUGUAGAAAACCAAGCUGGAUGCUCACAUCUCCAUCAGUAGCAACAAUGUCACUCCAUGUUUGACCAACAUGUUGGGCAACUUAAAAGGAGAAAUUUGGACAUUGUGUAGCAGUUAAACUGAGCAGAGCUCAAACUGACUUAAAUAAAACACAGCAAACCAGAUGAAGAGCAACAUUUCGUGUAAUUUGCUUUUUUGUCUGUGGUUACAAAAAUAAAGAUAUUAAUCAUUAACAUUGACCAAUACAUUUGAGAAAGUAAUGUAUUUACCCAUAAUUAUCACCCUGUGUUUUGAUCAUACCAAGCACAAUAUCCAUGAUGAUUCAUCACAAGCAGGAUAUUUACCACAAACAGUUACCAGUUGGUUUGCAGAGGUUAGAAAUGUGUGUUCCCUGCAAAGACUCGUAUUUGCUAUGUCUGAUUCAUAUACAACAGCCUGCAAUUUGUUUUCAGAGAAAGCUCAAUUGUUCACACUCAAUGGAAACAUGUCUUCAGUGUACGUUUUCAAAACUAAUCUGAAGAAAAGAGACACGCUUCUAACAGAUUAAUUAAUAUAAAUUUGCUAUUCUGUUGUUUAUGUUACAUACAUGCCUGGAUUGAUAGAUCGCAAUAGUGAUGGGGCCCAAAUCUAUUUUGUUUGUUCAAAACAACAAGUAGUGACUUUUAUUCAAAGAUUAAGGAGUUUGAUAGGUUUAGUGUAAUGACUAAAACUGCAAUAUCUUUUUUUUUGGCAUAAAUGCAAGCUAAAUAAUAUUUUGCAAUCUAAUGAAAAUUGCAAUAACUUGCCCCUUGAUUUUUAAAAGCAAUGCCAUUUGAUUAUUUGUUUAGAAGUUGGCAUUUUACUUGCAUAUGCUGACAGGGACUGUUCAUGUGUUUCAGUUCUACUUCAGCUGGUCAUUAUGUUGUGCGUUCCUGUAAGAAGUAGUCAAGCCCUGCAAAUUGUUUUUGCAUGGAGCUUUGCCUCCCUGUAAUCCAUGGGUUGGUACAGAGAAGAAUUAAUUCCAAAAAAUGGAAGAGAAACUAAAAGGGAACACACUCUAGAAGGCUUGGAUCCAUGAGGUAAAGUUUAAAUUGACCUGUAUGUUGCAGAGUCCAGGCUAACCUGCCAGCAAAGAGAUAUUGCAACUUUAGCAUGACUUGAAAAGAUAUGAAGUGUUAUGCUGGAUUUUUUUCUGUGAUGAUUUAAAGCUACAGGUGCCUUACAUAGGAAGGUGAUGCACUUUGUUUUCCAAUCUCCCCAUGAAUUCUGACUGCCACUAUUAUAAAUUCACUGAUUAAAGGCAAAGUAGUUUUAUAGAACUCACAUGACAACCACAAAAAUAUUUUCCUUUUGAUAAUAGAAUGAAAAUGUUAUGUAACACAAAUAUAUUUAAUAUCUUGCCUAAUUUACUGACUUUGUACAAAAAAUAGUAUCUAGUUUCAGUAGCUUCUUGUUUCAGUAUUGAAGAUGAUGGUAUAUAUCCUAAACUUCAAUAGAAACUUUGUACGAAUUUUGCCUGCAAUAUAUAGCGUAAAGCAUUAUAAUUUGGGGGGUUUUUGCACUUAAUUUAAAUGUUUUUUGUUGUCCAAGAUUGUGUUUCUUGUGUGACACUGAUAGAAAGUGGAGAAAUAUAGAAUCUGUGUUUUUGUGUGUGUGCUAGCACUGUGAAUGGUAAGAUUAAUAGAUCAAUUAUAAAGGACAGAAUGAAAAAUGUGAGUAUCAUUAACCUGGGAAUGACCAGAUUGCCACUGAGAACCGAAUAGUGGUUACAUCAUUUGGUAACACAUUCUUUGAAGAAAAUAUGAACAGGCAUACGUUAAAUCUGUGAUUAUUUUUUGGUGUUGAAAUUUGGAUUUAAAUAUGUAAAUAUGUUCAUUUAAAAUUCACAGCAAAUUUCAUGUUGUUUUCUUUCCCCUCACUUUAUAUUCCUCUUGUCCACCCCAGUAUUAUUUACCUGCACAUUAUUACUUCCAUCUCUUAUUACAUGACUAUCUUGCAUGAUCAGUAAAUUCAACUCGAUAUUUGCUUUAAUUUUUGUGCUUGUUUAUUUCCUUGCAUGAGUUAUUGAGUUGAAAAACUAUGCUUUCUACUUUUCCCGGUUUUAAUGUGCCCUUGUUUAUCAAUAAACAAAGGAAUCGUGAGCAAUUUGCUUUCAACGCUAAUUACAUUACCUUCAUGCAGGAAAUAUAGAAACAUAGAAAAAUAGGUGCAGGAGUAGGCCAUUCGGCCCUUCGAGCCUGCACCGCCAUUCAAUAUGAUCAUGGCUGAUCAUCCAACUCAGUAUCCUGUACCUGCCUUCUCUCCAUACCCAUACCCCUUGAUCCCUUUAGCAACAAGGGUCACAUCUAACAGAAAUCUGCGAUCUGAAUGAUCAAAGUACCUGCCUGAAAGUAUGCAAAGGCAAAUCAGAUUCAGAAAAAAGACACUGUUUCUUAAUGAAGGGUUAGCAUUCUUUGGUAAAUGCAGAAAUGUUCUGCCCCAGAAAUAUAGAUUUAUUGUAAACACUGGCAGAAAGUCAAGAAAAAAAUAGGAUUGCAAUGCUACCAGAACUAGAAAGAGCUUGCAGGUAUUAAUUUUAAUAAAGGCAGAAAAUGAAUUUAAAUAAACUUUCAUGACCUCAGGUUUUACCAAAGUGCUUUACUAUGUGCACUGUGUGUACUAGUUUAAAAUAUCGACUUUAUUAUAAUGUGGAGUAACCUUUUAAAUUACACAGAGCAAAUUUCUGUGAGAUCUUCUGUUUUUUGUUGCUGUUUGUUGAAGAAUUAAUAUUGGCCAUAACAUGGAAGGAAUCUCCUAUUCUUCAUAUGGGAUAUUUUAUGCCUGAGGGGGGAGAUGUAAGCUUGGCUUAACAUGUCAAAAGUUCUGCAUCUAUGUGCUGUUGAGAUUAUGUCAUCAACUCUCUGGUAUUCACCUUCAGUAGAUUUCCAGCAGAAUUUGCCCGGAUCUGACCAUGGUUAUCCAUUUCCUAUUCUUCAUUCCUCUCACUUCCAAAGGGACUGUCUCAUCAUGUUUAGUCCCAUUACCGAUGCUCUCUCUCUCUCUUGCGCUAUCUCUCUCUCUCUUGCGCUAUCUCUCUCUCUCUCUUGCGCUCUCUCUCUCUCUCUCUUGCUCUCUCUCUCUCUCUCUCUCUCUCUCUCUCUCUCUCUCUCUCUCUCUCUCUCUCUCUCGCUCUCUCUCUCUCUCUCUCUCUCUCUCUCUCUCUCUCUCUCUCUCUCUCUCUCUCUCUCUCUCUCUCUCUCUCUCUCUCUCUCUCUCUCUCUCUCUCUCUCUCUCUC